AUGUCUCAAACUCGGGUUGAAACGAUAACACAGCCAAGGUCCGUAAAAAUUCCUCUAUUCACGCAGGCAUCAGAGACUACUCAUGAGCUGGACUGGGCUGAUCUUGCAACUCUCGAUCUUUCUAGCUUUGAUCAUCCGGGUGGUAAACAAAAUUUUGCGGCGCAGCUUCACAAUGCCGUUGAACAGAUUGGCUUCUUUUAUGCAACCAACUUCGGACUUAGUCAACAGAAAGUUGAUCAUCAAUUUGCUAUUGGGCAAGAAUUCUUCAGCUUGAGUACCGACGAAAAGCUCAAAUAUCGUGCAGACCUCGAGAAUGGUAGAUAUGAUGGAUAUAAGCCACUUGGUCAUCGAGAGAUAGCCUCAGGCCAAUUUGAUAACACGGAGAUAUACAAUAUUCCUAAAUUCACCGCUCAGUAUGACAGGCCGCAUCCAACAUUGAUCAAAGAGAAUUGGUCUGAAAUCGAGAAAUUUGGCCGCCAUAUAGACAAAGAAAUUGUGUCCAAGCUAUUGGUUCUAUUCGCCAUUAUUCUUGAGUUGCCAGAGGACUUCUUCCUGAAAACACAUCGAUACGAUGAGAAAGGUGACACACAUCUUCGAUAUAUGAAAUAUCACACAAGGACGAAGGAAGAAAACGAGAAGUUAGGAAAUGUCUGGGUGAAAGGCCAUACAGAUUUCGGGAGUUUGACACUUCUUAAAUAUGUUAAACCAUACCCGGCAAGUAUCACUGUCAAUAUCGCAGACUCACUGUCAUUCCUCACCAAUGGAUACCUGAAAAGUAGUAUCCAUCGGGUCAUCGCACCACCACCCGACCAAGCGCAUCUUGAUAGAUAUGGAGUAUUGUAUUUCGUACGGCCAGAGAACAAUUUGAUUCUCGAGCCUGUUCCUAGCCCUCUAUUGGAUCGGCUUGGACUUCUCAAGGAUGAUCCUGAAGCUGGGCCAGAAUUGACUGCAGGCGAAUGGGUAAGAGCAAGAGUGCAAAAGAAUGUAAAUAAACUUGGAAGCUCGCAGCAUGUUGGAGACGAGCAAGAGAUCAUUAAGGGUAUCAAGGCUCCAUAUUAUGAUUGA